AUGGCCCCCUCGAGGUCCAAGGCGCGCAAGACACGCAAAGCUCCCCUCGUAAGCUCUAUUGCGGCAGCUCCGCCGUCUAUAUCCCGCGCGACGGCCCAAGCUCGCAUAUCCGACUUUCACACCUCGCUCAAACGGAAGCGAGCGGGGCCGAAUGGCUCGGCCGAGGGAGGAUCAGACGGAGAUGCUGGGUCUAGCAGGCUAAAAGGUGCACCGGAGAUUGAUCAUGAGGCGCUGGACGCAUAUCAGAAGCUCAGUCGGGCGGGGCAGGGGAAGCAACGCGGUGGGGAUAGCUCAAAGGUUCUUGUUCCGUGGUUGCAGGAGCUCAGGGCUGCUACGGCGACCAAGGCCAAGAUCAGAAUGCUCGAGAUAGGGGCGGUCCAGCAUGACAAUUACGCCAACCAGGCCAGCUGGAUCGACAACACACCUAUCGACCUACACUCCCAGCACCCCGAUAUCCUAGAGCAGGACUUCUUCGUCCGGCUAAUACCCACUACCGAGGAGCAGCGCUUUGAUAUAAUCAGCUGCAGCCUCGUACUAAACUUUGUCGAGACUCCCGCAAGAAGGGGUACGAUGCUCCGUCUCAUGCAUCAGCACCUCCACCCUCGACCCACAUCACUCCUCUUCCUCGUCCUCCCCCUCCCAUGCGUCGAGAACUCCCGCUACUUGACCCGCUCGGCGCUUGUCGAGAUCAUGGCGGAUAUCGGGUUCGAAUUGCUCAAAGAACGGUUCAAGCCGUCCGGGAAGGUCGGGUACUGGUUAUGGGCCUGGAGGCGGCCCAGGGAGGGUGUAGAUAGAAGGUGGAGAAAGAAGGUGAUUAUCAACGAAGGGAAGAAGAGGAACAAUUUCGCUGUCACCCUCGAGGACGAGUAG